AUGUCCAUCAGUCACCAACAGUCUCUGGCCAUGUCCAUCAGUCACCAACAGUCUCUGGCCAUGUCCAUCAGUCACCAACAGUCUCUGGCCAUGUCCAUCAGUCAACCCAUGUCCAUCAGUAACAGUCUCUGGCCAGUCCAUCAGUCACCAACAGUCUCUGGCCAUGUCCAUCAGUCACCAACAGUCUCUGGUCUCUGGCCAUGUCCAUCAGUCACCAACAGUCUCUGGCCAUGUCCAUCAGUCACCAACAGUCUCUGGCCACCAUCAGUCCAGCUCCUGGCCAUGUCCAUCAGUCACCAACAGUCUCUGGCCAUGUCCAUCAGUCACCAACAGUCUCUGGCCAUGUCCAUCAGUCAGGCCAUGUCCAUCAGUCACCAACAGUCUGUCCAUCAGUCACAACAGUCUCUGGCCAUGUCCAUCAGUCACCAACAGUCUCUGGCCAUGUCCAUCGUCCAGUCUCUGGCCAUCCAGUCACCAACAGUCCUGGCCAUGUCCAUCAGUCCACCAUCAGUCACCAACAGUCCUGGCCAUGUCCAUCAGUCACACAGUCCUGGCCAUGUCCAUCAGUCACCAACAGUCUCUGGCCAUGUCCAUCAGUCACCAGUCUCUGCCAUGUCCAUCAGUCUGGCCAUGUCCAUCAGUCACCAACACAUGUCCAUCAGUCACUAA